UGACUUUCUUUAAGUUGCUUAAGCCAGCAUUUCAGUUAGAUCCAUCCAGGAGCUUAUUCCUGCUGGCUGUUGGGAACAGCAAAGCCUUGCUUCUCCGGGACUUCAUAUGUCUUCUACUAAUCGCUGACAGUGAGCCAUACCACCUAAGAGGCUCCUUGGGUAGCCUUUAAAGAUUGAAAGGACAAACGGACAGUGUUGAGAACUGUGGAAGAGGAGACCAGAGAGACGUUGAUCAUCAUGGCUCCUUGGGAUUUGCAAAGAGGAAUGACUAGAGCUGGGCCAUUCACUACAGCCAGGUCAAAGGUCAGGUCAGGAAUGUGGACAAUGCUGAUGACUCCAGUUGCUUCCAAGAUCCGGUACUUGCAGGAAUAUCAUAACAGAGUUCUCCACAACAUUUAUCCAGUACCAUCAGGAACAGAUAUCGCAAACACCCUGAAGUACUUUUCCCAAACCUUGUUAAGCAUUUUGUCCCGCACAGGGAAGAAGGAAAACCAAGAUGCCUCCAAUUUGACAGUGCCCAUGACCAUGUGUCUUUUUCCUGUGCCAUUCCCACUCACCCCAUCUCUAAGACCGCAGGUCAGUUCCAUCAACCCUACUGUUACUCGCUCCCUCCUUUACAGCGUCCUGCGAGAUGCUCCUUCAGAACGCGGCCCGCAAAGUCGUGAUGCUCAGUUGUCAGACUACCCUUCUUUGGACUACCAAGGCCUCUACGUGACUUUGGUGACUCUUCUGGAUCUAGUUCCUUUACUACAGCAUGGCCAACACGAUCUUGGACAGUCAAUAUUUUAUACAACCACGUGUUUGCUACCCUUUCUCAGUGAUGAUGUUCUGAGCACUUUGCCCUACACGAUGAUCUCAACGCUAGCUACCUUUCCUCCAUUUCUUCAUAAGGAUAUUAUUGAAUACCUUAGCACAUCUUUUCUACCAAUGGCCAUAUUGGGGUCCUCCAGGAGAGAAAGUGUCCCAGCCCAUGUGAACCUCUCCGCAUCCGCCAUGCUAAUGAUUGCAAUGCAGUACACAUCUAAUCCAGUGUAUCAUUGUCAAUUAUUGGAAUGCCUCAUGAAAUAUAAGCAAGAAGUCUGGAAAGACCUUUUGUAUGUGAUUGCAUAUGGGCCUUCACAGGUGAAACCCCCAGCGGUGCAGAUGCUUUUUCACUACUGGCCCAACCUAAAGCCCCCUGGGGCAAUAAGCGAGUACAGGGGGCUGCAGUACACAGCUUGGAAUCCCAUCCACUGCCAACACAUCGAAUGCCACAAUGCAAUUAACAAGCCAGCUGUGAAGAUGUGUAUAGACCCUUCCUUGUCGGUAGCUUUGGGUGAUAAGCCACCUCCACUGUAUCUCUGUGAAGAAUGCAGCGAGAGGAUUGCAGGGGACCACAGCGAGUGGUUGAUUGAUGUUCUCCUGCCACAAGCUGAAAUAUCUGCUAUAUGUCAGAAAAAGAACUGCAGCUCCCAUGUCAGAAGGGCAGUCGUCACCUGCUUUUCCGCAGGGUGCUGUGGUCGUCACGGAAACAGGCCUGUUCGGUACUGCAAAAGAUGCCACUCCAAUCACCACAGUAAUGAGGUGGGGGCCACCGCAGAGACACACCUCUACCAGACCUCCCCACCCCCCAUCAACACCCGGGAGUGCGGGGCAGAGGAGCUGGUCUGUGCAGUGGAGGCCGUGAUCAGUUUGUUGAAAGAGGCCGAGUUCCACGCAGAGCAGAGGGAACAUGAGUUGAACCGCCGGCGGCAGCUGGGCCUCUCCUCCUCCCACCACUCCCUGGACAAUGCUGACUUUGAUAACAAGGACGACGACAAGCAUGACCAGAGGCUGCUCAGCCAAUUCGGAAUAUGGUUCCUAGUGAGUCUCUGCACACCCAGUGAGAACACGCCCACGGAGAGCCUGGCCCGGCUGGUGGCCAUGGUAUUUCAGUGGUUUCAUUCCACAGCCUACAUGAUGGAUGAUGAAGUUGGAAGCUUAGUGGAAAAACUAAAGCCUCAGUUUGUUACCAAGUGGCUAAAGACAGUAUGUGAUGUCCGUUUUGAUGUCAUGGUCAUGUGCCUUCUUCCCAAACCCAUGGAAUUUGCCAGGGUUGGCGGAUACUGGGAUAAGUCCUGCAGCACGGUGACUCAGUUAAAGGAAGGUCUCAACAGGAUUCUCUGCCUGAUCCCUUACAAUGUGAUCAGCCAGUCUGUGUGGGAGUGCAUCAUGCCAGAGUGGCUGGAAGCCAUCCGGACAGAAGUCCCUGAUAACCAGUUAAAGGAAUUCAGGGAAGUAUUAAGCAAAAUGUUUGACAUAGAGCUGUGUCCUCUGCCGUUUUCAAUGGAAGAGAUGUUUGGCUUUAUUAGCUGCCGGUUUACAGGAUAUCCUUCCACGGUGCAGGAGCAAGCGCUACUCUGGCUUCAUGUACUGUCGGAGUUAGAUAUCACGGUUCCACUUCAACUCUUGAUAAGUAUGUUUUCUGAUGGGGUUAAUUCUGUCAAAGAAUUGGCAAAUCAAAGAAAAUCAAGAGCCAAUGAGCUGUCAGGGAACGCCGCAACUCGAAGGGUGAGUGUCGCUUCUGAUCCUGGUCGACGAGGUCAGCACAAUAUGUUGAGUCCAUUUCAUAGCCCUUUCCAGAGUCCGUUCCGGAGUCCCAUGCGUAGUCCAUUUCGUAGUCCUUUCAAGAAUUUUGGACACCCAGGAGGAAGGACUAUUGAUUUUGACUGUGAAGAUGAUGACAUGAAUCUAAAUUGUUUCAUCCUCAUGUUUGAUCUUCUCCUAAAGCAGAUGGAGUUACAAGAUGAUGGCAUCACUAUGGGCUUAGAGCACAGUUUGUCAAAGGACAUCAUUUCUAUCAUCAACAAUGUCUUCCAGGCCCCCUGGGGGGGCUCUCACAGCUGCCAGAAGGACAAAAAGGCAAAGGAAUGUAACUUAUGCCAGUCUAGUAUCCUCUGCUACCAGCUUGCUUGUGAACUCCUGGAGAGACUAGCUCCCAAAGAUGAAAGCCGGCUGGUGGAGCCCACAGACAGCCUUGAAGAUAGCCUCCUUUCUUCCAGACCAGAGUUCAUUAUAGGGCCUGAGGGAGAGGAGGAGGAGAAUCCAGCCACCAAGCAUGGGGAGAAUCCAGGCACCCGUACAACGCCCUCAGAACAUGCUGCAAUAAAGAAUGACACGGAAAGAAAAUUUUGCUACCAACAGCUUCCAGUAACGUUGAGACUAAUAUAUACCAUUUUCCAGGAAAUGGCUAAGUUUGAAGAGCCAGACAUUCUUUUUAAUAUGCUCAAUUGCCUAAAGAUUCUCUGUCUGCAUGGAGAGUGUUUAUACACUGCGAGGAAAGACCAUCCUCAAUUUUUAGCCUACAUUCAGGACCACAUGCUGAUCGCAAGCCUGUGGAGAGUCGUGAAGUCCGAGUUCUCUCAGUUGUCUUCACUGGCGGUCCCUCUCCUCCUUCAUGCCCUGUCACUUCCUCAUGGUGCUGACAUAUUCUGGACAAUCAUAAACGGAAACUUCAACAGCAAAGACUGGAAGAUGAGGUUUGAAGCAGUGGAAAAAGUCGCUGUCAUUUGUAGGUUUUUGGAUAUUCACUCAGUGACCAAAAACCACCUGCUGAAGUACUCACUGGCACACGCCUUCUGCUGCUUCCUGACAGCUGUGGAGGAUGUCAACCCCGCGGUGGCCACCAGGGCGGGUCUCCUGCUCGAUACCAUCAAGAGGCCGGCACUGCAGGGCCUUUGUCUCUGCCUUGACUUCCAGUUUGACACUGUUGUUAAAGACCGCCCUACCAUCCUGAGCAAGCUUUCACUCCUGCACUUCCUGAAGCAAGACAUCCCGGCUUUAAGCUGGGAGUUCUUUGUCAACAGAUUCGAGACACUUUCUUUAGAAGCUCAGCUGCAUUUGGAUUGUAACAAAGAGUUUCCUUUUCCUACAACCAUCACCGCUGUGAGAACCAAUGUUGCCAACCUCAGUGAUGCUGCACUGUGGAAGAUUAAGAGGGCACGUUUUGCAAGAAACCGCCAGAAGAGUGUGCGCUCUCUGAGGGACAGUGUGAAGGGGCCUGCAGAGUCCAAAAGGGCACUCUCUCUCCCUGAGACCCUGACCUCCAAAAUCCCUGUGAGGUUGACCAGGCAUGAGCAGUCUGCUCCAGCUCUCGGUGGGACACCUGAACAGACGCCAGGGCAACAGUCCCCUGAGAAUGACCACACCAUCAAGGACUUGCUCCCGGAAGACGCUGGCAUUGACCACCAGACGGUUCACCAGUUAAUUACAGUGCUCAUGAAGUUCAUGGCCAAGGACGAGAGCAGUGCUGAGUCAGACAUCAGCAGUGCAAAGGCCUUCAACACGGUCAAGAGGCACCUCUAUGUCUUGCUUGGCUACGACCAACAGGAAGGCUGCUUCAUGAUCGCACCCCAAAAAAUGCGCCUGUCAACAUGCUUUAAUGCGUUUAUUGCAGGAAUUGCCCAAGUUAUGGACUAUAACAUUAACUUGGGCAAACACCUUCUCCCCCUCGUGGUCCAGGUGCUCAAAUACUGCUCUUGUCCUCAACUACGGCAUUAUUUCCAACAGCCACCUCGCUGCUCCCUCUGGUCCUUAAAGCCUCAUAUCAGGCAGAUGUGGUUGAAGGCCUUGCUCGUCAUCCUUUACAAGUAUCCGUACCGAGACUGUGAUGUCAGCAAGAGCCUGCUACACCUGAUUCACAUAACAGUCAAUACACUCAAUGCGCAGUACCAUAGCUGCAAGCCCCACGCCACCGCAGGACCUCUGUACAGUGACAACAGCAACAUAAGCAGAUACAGCGAGAAAGAAAAAGAAGAAGAUAGUGUUUUUGAUGAAUCUGAUAUUCAUGAUACACCUACUGGACCCUGCAAUAAAGAGUCUCAAACUUUUUUUGCAAGAUUGAAAAGGAUAGGCGGCAGCAAAAUGGUGAAAUACCAGCCGGUUGAAAUGAAUGUUCAGAGAAGUGAAAUAGAGCUGACCGAAUAUAGAGAGACGGGUGCAUUACAAGACAGCGUCCUACACUGUGUGAGAGAAGAGAGCAUUCAGAAAAAAAAGCUACGCUCUUUAAAACAAAAAUCUCUUGAUAUAGGGAAUGCAGACUCCCUCUUGUUUACAUUAGAUGAGCAUCGUAGGAAGUCCUGCAUAGAUCGGUGUGACAUAGAUAAGCCUCCCGCCCAAGCUGCUCAUAUCUCACAACGGCAAAACGACCACCGCGAGCGCUCUAGACAGAAUUCUGCUACGAGGCCGGACAAUGCUGAAAUCCCCAAGAAUCCAGCGGCUGAAGGUUUUCAAGAACCACGAAGGCCUGUGAUUCCAGAAGUUAGGUUGAACUGCAUGGAGACGUUCGAAGUGAGAGUUGACUCUCCAGGAAAGCCUGCUCCUAAAGAGGACUUAGAUCUCAUAGAUUUGUCCUCAGAUUCAACGUCUGGGCCAGAGAAACACUCCGCACUCUCAACAUCUGACAGCGACUCUCUUGUAUUCGAGCCUCUCCCGCCUCUCAGAAUAGUAGAAAGUGAUGAAGAAGACGAGAUGAUGAACCAAGGGAAUGAUGGUCCCUCGGGUAAAAAUGCUGCCUCCUCCUCCAUCCCCAGCCAGCCCUCUGUCCUCAGCCUGAGCACGACUCCCCUUGUGCAGGUGAGUGUGGAGGACUGUUCCAAAGACUUUUCUUCUAAGGACUCAGGAAACCACCAGUCAGCGAGCAACGAUGACUCUACCAUCACAGCUCUAGAUGACCUCACAGACUCUGAAGAGCUGUCGAAGUCAGAGGAGCCAAGAGAGUUUGCCUCUGGCAGCCCACUAACACUAAAGCAAAAACGAGACCUCCUCCAGAAGUCAUUGGCUGUCCCUGAGAUGUCAGUGGACUAUAACCCUGACCUCAGCCCGGCUGAAGAAAAGGCAGGGCAGACACCAACAUCGGGGGCCAAAACGGUGCUCCUCAAACUUCCUGAAGAUGCCGAGAAUCCAACAGAAGGCGAGAAUCCCAAUGCCAGUGCUGAGUCCGAUACAGAACAGAACCCCGAAAGGAAGGUGGAGGAGGAUGGGGCCGAGGAAUCAGAGUUUAAGAUUCAGAUCGUCCCCAGGCAGAGGAAACAAAGGAAGAUUGCCGUUAGCGCUAUCCAGAGAGAGUACCUUGACAUCUCCUUCAACAUUCUAGACAAAUUGGGUGACCAGAAGGACUCAGAUUCAUCUGGCAAAGGACUUUCAACGUUGGAAAUGCCACGGGAAUCUUCGUCUGCCCCCACAUUAGAAGCAGGCGCACCUGAAACAGGCAGCCACUCCUCAAUAUCAACUCAGUAUAGGCAGAUGAAAAGGGGAUCCCUGGGAGUUCUGACAAUGAGCCAGUUAAUGAAGCGGCAGCUGGAGCAUCAGUCUAGAGCCCCCCAUAACAUCAGCAACUGGGACACUGAACAGGUACAGCCCGGGAAACGCCAGUGUAAUGUGCCAAUGUGCCUAAACCCUGAUGUGGAGGGACAGCCGCUGAGGACAAGAGGUGCCACUAAAUCCAGCCUGCUGUCAGCCCCCAGCAUAGCCAGUAUGUUUGUGCCUGCACCUGAAGAAUUCACGGAUGAGCAGCCAACGGUGAUGACGGACAAAUGCCAUGACUGCGGGGCCAUCCUCGAAGAAUACGAUGAAGAAACCCUGGGGCUAGCCAUUGUGGUCCUCUCCACAUUCAUCCAUCUCAGCCCAGACUUGGCGGCCCCACUGUUGCUUGAUAUCAUGCAGUCUGUGGGAAGGCUGGCAUCCAGUACUACCUUUUCCAGUCAAGCAGAAAGCAUGAUGGUUCCAGGAAAUGCAGCAGGUGUGGCCAAGCAGUUCCUUCGCUGCAUCUUCCACCAGUUGGCCCCCAACGGCAUCUUCCCCCAGCUGUUCCAGAGCGCCAUCAAAGACGGGACUUUUUUACGGACCUUAGCCACAUCUCUCAUGGACUUCAAUGAGCUGAGUUCAAUCGCUGCCCUCAGUCAGCUCUUGGAGGGUCUAAAUAACAAAAAGAAUUUGCCAGCAGGGGGUGCUAUGAUACGCUGUUUGGAAAACAUUGCCACGUUCAUGGAAGCUCUGCCCAUGGAUUCUCCUAGUAGCCUCUGGGCCACAAUCAGCAACCAGUUUCAGACUUUUUUUGCCAAGCUGCCUUGUGUUUUACCUUUGAAGUGUUCUUUAGAUUCCAGUUUGAGAAUUAUGAUUUGUCUCUUGAAGAUACCUUCUACCAAUGCCACGAGGAGUUUGUUGGAACCAUUUUCCAAGCUACUCAGCUUUGUCAUUCAGAAUGCUGUCUUCACUCUGGCCUACCUGGUGGAGCUGUGUGGCUUGUGCUAUCGAGCAUUCACUAAGGAACGGGAUAAAUUCUACUUGUCUCGUAGUGUUGUUCUGGAACUUCUCCAGGCCUUGAAGCUCAAGUCUCCUUUGCCAGAUACAAACCUCCUGCUUCUUGUCCAGUUUAUUUGUGCGGAUGCUGGAACCAAGCUAGCUGAGUCCACCAUCCUGAGCAAGCAGAUGAUAGCCUCCGUGCCUGGGUGUGGGACGGCAGCGAUGGAGUGUAUUCGGCAGUACGUCAGUGAAGUACUGGACUUCAUGGCGGACAUGCACACCCUAACCAAGCUCAAGAGCCACAUGAAGACAUGCUCCCAGCCUCUGCAUGAGGAUACAUUUGGUGGCCAUCUGAAAGUUGGCCUGGCUCAGAUCGCAGCUAUGGAAAUCUCCCGGGGCAACCACAGGGAUAACAAAGCUGUGGUCCGCUAUCUACCUUGGCUCUACCAUCCUCCCUCUGCAAUGCAGCAAGGACCUAAGGAAUUCAUUGAGUGUGUCUCCCACAUCCGGCUGCUGUCCUGGCUGCUCCUGGGGUCCCUCACACACAAUGCAGUCUGUCCCAAUGCCUCCUCCCCCUGCCUUCCCAUACCCCUGGAUGCGGGCUCCCACAUCGCAGACCACCUUAUUGUCAUCCUAAUUGGAUUUCCAGAGCAAUCAAAGACCUGUGUGCUGCACAUGUGUUCCCUCUUCCACGCCUUCAUCUUUGCUCAGCUCUGGACAGUGUACUGCGAACAAAGUGCCGUGGCCACAAACGUCCAAAAUCAGAAUGAAUUCAGCUUCACAGCAAUACUAACAGCACUAGAGUUUUGGAGCAGGGUGACACCCAGCAUCCUCCAGCUGAUGGCCCACAACAAAGUGAUGGUAGAAAUGGUGUGUCUCCAUGUGAUUAGUUUAAUGGAGGCAUUGCAAGAAUGCAAUUCAACCAUUUUUGUCAAGCUCAUCCCUAUGUGGUUGCCAAUGAUCCAGUCAAAUACAAAGCACUUAUCCGCCGGCCUCCAGCUCCGUCUCCAGGCCAUUCAGAACCACGUGAACCACCACAGCCUAAGGACGCUGCCCGGCUCGGGCCAGAGCAGUGCUAGCCUGGCUGCCCUCCGCAAAUGGCUGCAGUGCACCCAGUUCAAAAUGGCCCAGGUGGAGAUCCAGUCCUCCGAAGCAGCCUCUCAAUUUUAUCCUCUAUGAGUGGACUCCUCGGCUCCAGUGUCAACACUCUGGCUUAGCAAUAAUGGGUAUAAAAACAAACAAUUUGAUCCAAGCAGGUUGGGGAACAUUGGUACUGUACAUUCUCUUUCUAGUUUAGUAUAAAGACGUGCAGAGGCCGGAGAGGGCCACAAUGAAGCUUUCUUGCUACACAUAUUUCUGAUGACUCCUUGGGCUAUCUGAUUAAGUGUUUCCUUACAUUAUUUUUUAAAAAAAAAAACAAAAAAACCAAAUCAUUUUUCUUUAUCUAACUUCUAUUUUUUUUAAGAAAAAAAUAAAAAAAAAACAGACUGGUGGGUACUCACAGAGAAGUUGUAUAAAGUCCCCCUGUUGCUAUUUUUGAUGAUAGAGAAUAAAUAGGGUUUUUGAAACCUU